AGUAUUUUAUGGUCCACUGUGGGACGAACAAGCAAAAAGCCAGAGAUUAGUAAAAACGGCUUAGCGAAAUAUUUUGUUUAGUUAAUUAAAUAUAUAUUUUUAAAUAAAUAAUCACCUAUAAAAAUGUCUGAGAAAAAUUAUACAUGGGAUAAGAGAAUAGAAUUCAUUGUUCGAUAUAUGUAUGAUAUCGAUAAUAAUGGAUUCCUCGACCAAAAAGAUUUCGAUUGCAUGGCUUUAAGGGCCACAAUCAUUGAAGGAAAGGGAGACUGCAGCGAAAAGAGACUACAAGAAUAUCAGCAUAUGAUGAGAAGUCUUUGGGAGGAACUUUCAGACAUUGCUGAUUUUGAUAAAGAUGGCAUGAUUACAACAGACGAAUUUAAGGAAGCUGUUAGGAAAACUUGUGUUGGCAAAAAAUACGGAGAAUUCCCUAAAGCCAUGAAAGCAUUCAUAGAAGCUAACUUCAAAAUUAUGGACAUUAAUAGUGAUGGAGUUAUUGGAAUUGAAGAGUUCCGUUAUAAUGCAAUUCAAAGACUUGCCACAGACGAUGUUAAAGUCGUUGAUGAUGCCUUCAAUGCUUUGCUUAACGAAAAAGACAAAGCUAAUGGUGGCUUAACCCUUGAUCGUUAUCAAGAUCUCUAUGGUGAUUACUUAGGUAAAUCUGAACAUAAUCCAGCUGUCUACUUGUUCGGACCACUCUGCACCGGCGAAGAUUAAAUUUAAUUCUCAUCAUAUUCUGAACACAUAAAAAAAGAAAAUUGAAUUUGUCUCAUCAAAAAAUACUUCUCGUUUCUUCUAUAAUAUGACACUAUUUAAAUCUAUUACAAGUGCUCUAUAU